AUGGUUAUGAAAUUUCAUCCAAAAAAGAUAUCAUUUGGAUUAUACUCCGACGAGGAAAUAGAAAGAGCCAGCUGUAUGGAGGUUGUGAUACCGGCUUCUUUCGAUAGGUUUGGACAUCCUGUCCAAGGGGGAUUGUACGACUUGAGGAUGGGGCCAACAGACCUUUCAUCGAACUGCAAAACUUGCAAUUUGUCGCUUUUAAGUUGCCCAGGACAUUUUGGACAUAUAAAGCUCCCAAGACCUGUUUUCAAUCCCAUGCUGUUUGACACAUUGCUUUCAAUAGUUAAGUGCUGUUGCUUUCAAUGUAAGCACUUUAGAAUAACGAACUAUGAUAGGCUUAUACUCUUCUGUAAGCUUUCUCUCCUUAAAAAUGGGGAGGAAAUCAACGGGCUAGAUGAGUUGUAUAUGGUAGAAGAGGAGGAAGAGCUGUAUAGGAUUGUUACCGAGAAAGUGGAGUCAUCAAAGAAAAGAAAAACCGCAUCCUCAACUGAAAGACAUCAAGAGGUAGUACAUAAGUUCCUCUCGAAUACCGGCUCCAGAAGAAAGUGUGUGAGGUGUGGACACAGUAAUCCUUGGAUUACCAAAGGAUCAAACAUGAAAAUACUAAAGAAUUUCCGGAACAAAGAGGAAAAGGAAGAAGAGGAAAAGGACUUUGAACUACUUCUACCGGAUGUUAUCAAGGAGCUUAUAGAAAAUUUAUUUUUAAAUGAAGCAGAUCUGAUCGAGUCCAUUUUCUCCACAAGAGACCCAGGGUUCUUCUUUAUGUCCAACAUACCAGUCAUCCCCAACAGAUUCCGUCCCAUAAAUAUCGUAAACGGAAAAAAGAUAGAGAAUCCUCAAAGUAUUUACCUCAAUGACAUUCUUAAGAUCUGCAUAUCGAUGGUAAAGGAUUUAUCGUACUGGCCUGAACUUCAGGGUGCUGUUCUUUCAUCUUUUGAUAAUUCAAACAUAAAGAAAUGGCAUCAUUCUUCAACAAUUCCACCUGGACAUAAGCAGAUCCUCGAAAGAAAGGAUGGCCUAUUCCGUAGAAACAUAAUGGGGAAGAGGGUUAACUUUGCAGGGCGUACUGUUAUAUCUCCGGACCCCAACCUCGAGACCAGGGAAAUAGGUAUUCCUUCUAUAUUUGCAGAGGCUCUGACCUUCCCGGAAGGAGUGACUAGUUUCAAUGUAAGUAGGCUGAAAAAGGCUGUUGUGAACGGGCCUAUUUAUCCAGGAAGCUUAUAUCUUCAGGAUGGAAACGUAAUGCUUAGUCUGAAACAUAUGGCCGAUGAGAAAAGAUAUGCUCUGGCCAACCAGCUUUUGGAUGGCAAAAAGGUUGUUUGGAGACAUCUGGUGGAUGGAGAUGUAGUCCUUGUGAAUAGACAGCCGACCCUCCACAGACCAAGUAUAAUGGCUCACAAAUGUAGAGUGUUAAAGGGUGAAAGGACAAUAAGGAUGCACUAUGCUAAUUGUAAGUCCUACAAUGCUGAUUUUGAUGGCGAUGAAAUGAACAUUCAUUUUCCACAAACCUGUGUAUCUGAAGCAGAGGCAAGGCAUAUAGUCAUGAACGAUUUCAACUAUUUGGCCCCCACUGAUGGAAACCCAAUAAGAGGGCUUACCCAGGACCACAUUAUUGUUGCAACCAUUUUGACAAUGAAAGGCUCGUUUUUUUCUGAAGAAGAUUACUUUACACUAGUAAACUCCGGACUUAAUGGAAAGCGAAUUGUUCUAGAUAAGCCUUGUAUCCUCAAGCCCAUAAGGUUAUACUCUGGAAAGCAGGUAAUUUCGACGAUAAUAAAGAAUCUUGGGCUAGCGGUGAAUGUUGAAAUUGAAACCAAAAUUCCGGCAGACACAUGGAAAGAACAUUCAGAAGAAAGCACAUUAAGAAUUAAUGAAGGGGAUAUUAUCACUGGAAUCUUGGAUAAGAACUCACUAGGGCCAACCUUCAAAUCUCUUGCCCAUGCUUGCGGAGAGGUCAAAGGAUUUGCAGCUUCAAACGAUUUAUUAACAUAUGUAGGAAGAGUUUCCAAUAGAUUUCUUCAAAUGUAUGGAUUUACAGUAGGAAUAGACGAUCUUAUUCUUGACAGGAAGGCGGAUAUAAAAAGGAAAAUGGUUAUAGAUGCUGAAGAUAAAGAGGCUCGGAAUCUUCAAAAGAAAUAUGUGGAAGCAAAUCCGGACUUCUAUCUCUAUGAUGACAAAAAGGCUUAUUUGGAUUCAGUUAUGAGGGCUGAGAUGAAUAAAGUGACCACCUCUAUAGUCGAUGCAUCUGUCCCAUCUGGAUUAAAGAAAAGCUUCCCAAACAAUGGUAUGGAGCUGAUCAUUACUGUGGGUGCUAAAGGUUCGAUUGUCAACCUGAGUCAGAUUUCAGGUGCUUUGGGGCAGCAGGAGCUAGAGGGCAAGAGAGUUCCAAUAAUGAUCAGUGGAAAGACCUUGCCUUGUUUCAAGUCUUUGGAUUUUGGCCCAUCUUCUGGAGGAUAUAUAUACCAAGGGUUUUUAAAUGGCAUUGACCUACCGCAAUACUUCUUUCAUUGCAUGGCUGGAAGGGAAGGGCUUAUUGAUACAGCAGUCAAGACGGCAAAUUCUGGGUAUCUACAGAGAUGCUUGGUUAAGCAUAUGGAAGAAGUGAAGGUAGAAUACGACAUGUCUGCCAGAAUGGGGAGUAAAGUAGUUCAGUUCAUUUAUGGGGAAGAUGGGCUUGACUGCACUAAGUCCAGUUAUCUGGACGACAUUGAGUUCUUCCGAAAAAACACUGUUCUCUUUAAAGAAAAGGAAUCUGGUAUUUCUAAGCUUGGGGACAUAUCCAAGGGUUUCCUAUCCAAAAAGUUCAAAGAUCAGAUAGAAAAGCUUGAUGAUGAACUCAAAAGAUUUCUAACAAGCAGAUAUGUUUGUUCUUUAGCAGAUCCCGGCGAGUCUGUGGGGAUUAUAGCUGCACAAUCAGUAGGAGAGCCUUCCACUCAAAUGACACUCAAUACUUUCCAUCUUGCAGGUGUUGGAGCAAAGAAUGUGACACUUGGGGUUCCUAGGCUUAGGGAGAUCUUAUUGGUAGCAUCCAGAUCCAUAAAGACUCCUCUAAUCGUUGUUCCAAUUAAAAGGAACGUGGGCUUCGAUAUAGCUGGAUGCCUAAAAAAGGUAACAUUAAAGGAUUGUGUCAAGAAAUUCGGGGUGGCUGAGGAAAUAGUGAUGAUUGAUGGGGUAUUCCAGAAGAAAGUCAAGAUAGUGUUUGAGCUGAGCAAUUUUGUGGACCUUGCAAGUGAGGCCUUGAAUAAGAAGUUUCUAAAACUAUUUGGAAAGAAGAUGAGAGGGUUGUGCAAGGCAAAAUAUAAGCUAGGGGUGUCAGAAGUGGGCAAAAAAGGCCUCCCGGAAGUUGAUGAAAAUAAGGAGAAUGAAAGCGAGGACCAGAAUGAAAGUGAUAGCGACAAGGAAAGCAUCACAAAAAGCGAUGAUUUAUGUGUAGAAGUCACUAGUAACGAAAGCAACGAAAAAGAUAGUGAUGAUAACACUACUGCAUAUCCCGACAUUGAUAGGGAAGAUGAACAGAUGGAUGAACCAAGCAAUCCCUCAGAAGAGGAAAUUAUGAAUUUUACAAAGAAUUCAAGAAAUGUCCUUUCUUUUGAAAUGCUGUAUCCCACUGGGCUUAAUGAAGUGAUUUCUUCAGCCAUUGAAUCCAUUCUACCUACGAUUAUAGUAAGAGAGAUCAAGGGCGUGGAAAAAGCCUCUGUCUCGGGAGACAUGCUCUUUGUAGAGAGCUCUUCCAUCUUUUCUCUAACCAGAAGAAUAGAAACAAGCCCUGGUGUUUAUGAAGAUCUGAUGAGCUUUUUGGAUAUCUAUAAAGCUGAGUCAAAUGAUAUAUACAACGUAUACUCAACACUUGGGAUUGAAGCAGCAAGGUAUGCAAUAAUCAAUGAAAUAGUGAAGGUUUUUGAUGUUUAUGGAAUUACCAUUGAUUCUCGUCAUCUUCUUCUUGUAGCUGACUAUAUGACAAGAAAAGGAAGCUAUUCUCCUUUCAGUAGACAUGGGUUUGGAGAUGAGGACUCUCUUAUCCAGAGGAUGAGUUUUGAAAGUUGUUAUUCUAGAUUCAAGGUGGCUGCUGCAUUCCAUUUGGAAGACAGAUUAUCGAACCCUUCAGCCUCCAUAACUGUGGGUAAUCCUGUGGGCUGUGGAACAAGCUGUUUCGAUUUAAUAUACAAUGGAGACUUUCCUAAUAAAGUCUAG